CUCGACGAAUAAAUCCCCACUGGUAUCCCCGUCACAGCCGGCGGCGGUGGCGGUGGGGCGAUUGGCGGAUCCGCCACCGCGACUCAGUCGUUCGGCGGCGGCGGCGCGAUUGCCAGAGGAGGUUCGGUUGGUUCCUCGAUCGGGUUCCAAGAAAGAAGAUGAGUGCGGCGGGUGUGAAUGGAUCCGACAACAAAAGAAGCAGGUCCAGCCGAGACGAUCCCUUGGCCUUGCCGGAGAAGAAGAAGAAGGUGAUUGUGUGGAGAGAUCCAGACGCGUGGGUUAUCAGCGAUGCCGACCUGGCCAAGAUGAAACGGGACGAGGAAUCAGCUCCCCCGCCUGUGAAAAUCCCUACGCUCGAUUACUUCAAACCCCCGACCAGGUUUCACACCGCCGAGCUCUUCCCCGUCAGUGAAUCUGGAAGCAAGGCGGUGCUCUCUGCUGCCAAAUUCCUUCUAGGGGUUUCAUCCUCUCUUGACGGUGAACCGCUGAGACGGUGCUCCGGCUUCUGGGUCGAUUGGGAUGAGGACAAGAAAACCGGCCUUGUUUUGACAACUGCGUGGCUGAUUCGCACAAAGGAUGCUCCUUUCAGCGUCUGGUCAGGCGGCGAAGAGUAUGCCCCUCAUGCUGAUGUCACUGUUCAUUUGCUAAAUGGCACCAGUGCAAAGGGCACGCUGGUCUACUAUCAGCCCCAUUACGAUAUCGCUUUCUUGAAUGUUGAGGUGGAUCAACCAAUCAAGUUACCAACUUUUUGUGAAAAGGAUGUAAAAUUUGCCGAAGACAUUUUUCGGAUCGGAAGAGACAAUUCCUUAAAUCUAAGGAUAACAUAUGCUAGGGCAGAAUAUCGGAAUCCAAGCAUGUACCGCCGGUACCACAAUGUGCACUUCCGUUCUCCAGAUGGCCAUGGUGAUGAUAAUGAGUAUGACAAUGGGGGACUAGUCAUUGACUUGAAGGAGAAAGUUGUCGGAAUGGUCAACCUCCCUAAGAGAUUUGGGUCUUUUAUACCGUCUUCCAUUUUGCUCAAUUGUUUGGAUUCAUGGAAGAAAUAUCGGUACAUCGCUCGGCCCCAUCUUGGGAUGAUGUUUGAGGCCAUCAAGCAUCUAGAGCCUGCUCAUGUUGACAUGUUAUGGCGUAUGUAUAACAUUGAUCAUGGUCUUAUUGUUCAAGAGGUGUCGAAAGGAUCUAAUGCUGAGAUACUCGGAAUCCAAAAAGGUGAUGUUAUUGAAUCUAUCAAUGGAAAACCUGUUUCUACCACAAUUGAGUUGGAGAAUAUGCUGAUGAGCACAUGCAAGGGCCUUGCUGAAGUUCAUAUUUCUGUUGGGGUGUUUCACACACUCAAAGAAGAACGAAGCACCGUAGAGUUGAGUGCAAAAUUAUCAAAACUUGGAGAAGUUAUUACAAGCUAGGUUUGUCGAGGAGCGCUAACUUUGAGUUGUGUGACAUUUUGCAAAGAAUGUGGAUUAGGUAUUGCUUGCAUGCAAAAGACACUCACGUUGUGUUAUUAUUUGUUACACCUCUGGAAGUGGCUGACAGAAGAGGGAUGCCAGGCUACUGGAUGUUGUUUCUAUGGUGGGCGUAGUGUGAUGGAUACUUAGCUAUGACCACAUAUAUGUACUGUAGUCUCUAGAUAUAUUAGAAGGAAUAACAUCUUUAUUUGUAGUGUGUGCCAAAGUAGCAACCCCUUGUGAGAUUCUCUGUUCUGCUAUAAUGACUGCAGAGAGGUUUAUAUAGACCUUAUUGAGACCCCUCAGAGGGAGAGAGCCUGUCCUUAUUUGUAGUUUAUAUAGUGCCGAGGUGCUGUCCUGUCUUAGCCUGAUGGGUUGUGAGCAGGUUAUUUAUAUGUCUGAGAAAUGGCAAAGUUCAUGGGUUUGUGUAAUCGAAUAAAUGUCACCAAAAUAGUUUUUUUUGAGACA